AACAACAAUGGCAGAUUCGUUUGACAUAAUAUACGAAGAAGGGGUAGAGGAGAUUUCAGAUUCAGCAUCAGUUCAAGAUUACACCAUAAAUUUACCGGAUCCUAUAAUAAUCAGAGGUGCUGGAAAUGUCACAAUAUUUGGCCUCAGCAACAGAUUUGACACAGAAUUUCCAUCAGGUUUGGCAGCAAAGGUUGCUCCUGAGGAAUAUAAAGCUACAAUAUCGCGCCUGAACAGUAUGCUGAAGAAGGCCCUCCCCGUGAACAUCAAGUGGUUGUUCUGCGGCUGUAUAUGUUGUUGUUGUACCUUAGGUUGCUCCAUGUGGCCAGUUGUCUGUCUCAGUAAACGAACCAAACAUACUAUAGAGAAAAUAUUAGAUUGGGAAAACAGUCAUUUAUAUAAUAAGCUUGGACUGAGGUGGAAGUUAAGUAAACAACGCUGUGAUUCUAGUAGUAUGAUGGAAUAUGUCCUUUUAAUAGAAUUUAUCCCCAAGGUUCCUAUAUUCCGGCCAGACUGAUGUAGGUCUAGACACACCAGCAGGAACAGACUCCUCGACGUGAAAGCCUGUCUCCACUAGCUUUGCCAUACUGUCAGGUCAACACAACUUGUUUUCUCUGCAGUGUUGAUCCGAUUUAUUUUAUCUUUAAGUUAGAAUAGACUCUUCAUACCAGUUUGGUAAUUUUUCUUUUCGCUGAAACUAUGUUGCACCAUUAUGGUUCAUCUAGCAGAAUAAGCAAUAGUUUAAACAAUGCAACUGUGUGAGUGGAUGAGUGGCAGUAGUACUAUUUAAAUGCUUCUGAUUUUGUGGUAGAGUGCUUGGUAACAUAUCUAAACAUGUAUGUAAUGAGUUCAUUCUUUUUUCAUUGUGUUUUCUUGCUUUAAAAAAGUCUUAUGUAUACAAGGUACAUGAAUUUAUCAAAAUAACUGAGGUAUAUUAUUGUCAGGUUUUACAAGAAAGCAUGUCCCAGAUUAAAGUUGUUGUCAUUAAUAAUUACAGUACAAUCAAAAUGACCUACUUAGUAAUUUAUCCUGUUUAUGUUGAAUUAUAUGAUACUGUUCACAUGUACAUGAAGGUGAUUUGAAAAUGCAUUUCAUAUUCUGUAAACUUUUAUGUAUUGGUGACUAUAUCAACUCUCCACGCAAAGUAGUUUUCCUUUGCACGCCUCUGGAAAUGCCUGUUUGUAUCAGCCAUCAGUGAUAUUGUCAAGAGCACUGCCAUUGUUCUGCUCAACCAAACAAUAGGGUCUAAAUUUUUGGUAGUUUAUUUACUGGUAAUUCCAUUUUGGUACCUAUCUUAUACACUUCAUCAAUGAUCCAACAGCUGUUUAAAUGCUGAUGUAGAUAUAAUACUAAUAUGCUUUGAUGACAUUCAAAGUGUGUUUGUGACAGCUCAGAAGUGUUCUCAGUUCAGUAAAACCAGAGGCUGAAUCAGGUACUGUGAUCAGCCCAGGUAACUAAUACAGGGGAUGUACUGGACUGAGUAUCAUUUAGGAGUACUACUAUUUCUCUGUUUUUGUAGAUAAAUUUUUGCUCCAGUGAUAUUUGACUUCCACGCAAUAUGGGAAUGUAGUUGUUAAUAAGCUGUGGGAAAAAAUUGAUAGCAUAAAUUUCCGAUAAAAAUUUAAAUGCAUACAAUUCUAGCAAUUAAAAUUUGACAAAAAAAUCACCUCUUGGCAACUCUAUAAAAAGAACAAGUCAUUUUAAGCCCUAUGUGAGUUAUCUCCCUUAUUCUAGUGUCAUUGAUCCUCAAUUUUGAAUGUUUUUGUUGUACAUAUAUUUCCUACUUCAGCAUACUCCAAAUGGAUUUUAAGAAUUCAACACUGUAUGCCAAUUUGUAUACAACUUUAAUGUGCUGUAUAUAUCAUUUCAAUGUGGUUAAUCUUGUGGCAAGACCAAAUAAACAUUCCAUGACACUGCAAUAAAGUUGCAUUUAUAGAAUCAUUUAUACACAUAUCAAGCAUUUAUCUUUUCAGACAAGUACUCUACACAGCAAUUGUUGGUGGGGUACUACCAUAGUAUGUAUUGUAUAUUACUAAUUUGCUUCUGGCUUCAGUGCAUGUAAUCAAUGUUCUAAUUUUCUAAUGGGGGCAGGGGAGAGUGUAAAAUUUAUGCCAUAUACUAGUAACAUUCUGAAAUAACUUGAAUACCGGUAUGUUGAAUGAAUCCAUGAUUGACAUUUUUUUUAAACAUCAUAAACAACCUAAACAGCAGAAUUAACAUUCCAUAGUUUUUCAUGAUCAUUGUUGUUGUAUUUUAUGCUAAAAACAAUUAAAUUUACUUGCCAGUAGUGUCAAGAUAUUAAGUACUCUUUGAAUUUAGUCAAGUUUAUUUUCAUUAUAUUAUCCCAUGUCAAUCUAACGUUAUUUUAGAAAUUGGAUCCCUUUAAUUUCAUCCAGAUUUAAAGUGUACCUAUAUCACUGAAGCCCCACCCUAUUUUGAACGUGAGUGAACCUCGGUACCUAAUCAAUCCAGUUGUGUGAUGUGGUUGAUGAAUCCUUAAUAAACCCUUCCAUAUAGUCAUGCAAUAAAUUGUAUUGGGAGGUAAUAUUUGUAUUGUUUUACAAAAACAAUAAAAGAAGAAUCCAUUGAUGUUGUUUACUGGUAGUUGGUUUCACUAACACUGUUCAAGCACAAGAAAAAUAAUGCAAUUUUCUAACCUAACAAUUGCCUUGUCAUUAUAGAACAUUGGAGUUUGAUUUUGCAGAUGCAACUUUAGACUUUAUCGGGAAUAUCUCACUAUUCUUGGGCCUUUUUCUUUUUAUACCAAACCUUGGCACAAUUCUUAUGGUUAUUUUGUGAAGCAAGCAGUUCAGUGUGCAUUCCAUUUAUGUAUCAUUUACAUGUAUGACGAUAUGAAAAUGAAUUAAUUGUGAAUACAAAGCAAGUUCAAUUGUACUAAAGGAACAUUGUAUACCAUAAUUCAUCAAAUCACUUACACUUGUUGAAAAGCUGUGUACAAGAAAAAUUAUAAUUAAUUUAUAGGAAAUACUGAAACUGAUUUUGUUUUUUUCUGAAUUUGUAAUUUAAGUACAUGUAUUAAAAUAAAUUGAUAAUUUUUAAUAAAUGUUAUUUAUAUUAAAGUGUGAACUUAGCUUUUAAUUUUUGAAAAUAAAAAACAAAUUAUCUGGAAUUGAAUUAUUAAUUUCUCUUCUUUAAUAUGCCAAUACAUGCAACCAGUAAUAUAUAUUGUUUUGAUACAAAUAUAGAAACAUAACAAUUAUCAGUACAAACCCAUUAUAAGCUACCUCAAAUUAUCAUUUUUGAAAAAGUAGAUGUGUGAAUGGGGGUGUGAUUUGUACUUUGGAAGAACUUCAUCCAUUUGUAGUGCUGCAACAAAUACAUGUACAUAGAGUUUUCUUCUUCUGAGUAUGAGAGUUUUUCAUUUUCAUUGCUAAUAAAGAUGUGUGUGAUUUUUCUCAUGCAAUGUAUAUUGUAUAAUUCAUUUUGAAUAAAAUGCAUUUUGAUCUACAA